CGGACGGGCGGUCCGUGUUUCCGUGCGGCUCGGAGCUGCCCGCAAGCUCGCCCUGUGCUGUUGGAGAGUUGGGAGUAGUUUUGCCCGUGGUGGGGUUGUGUGUGUGCGUGCGUGCGUGCCCCCGUGUUUCAUGUGUUCGUGCGUGCUGUACGUGCCGCGCUCCGCGAGCUGCCGUGCCAGGCCUACCAUGGACGACGGUGUUUGGCCGUCGACGAUGAAUGCGCCGUCGCGGCGCUGACCGAGCGAAGCCGAGAAGUCGCACCUCUCUUUUUCGUCUGCUCUAAGUAAAACCGGGACGCCAUCAUGGGAAGCUGUUUCAGCCGAUCGGCGGGCUCCAAGUCGACGUCCAAGAAGGAGUCGGUGCAGGCCCCCGUCGACCGCGGGGACGUAGCCUCGAUCAAUAUCGGCCCGGUGACCACCCACGAACCGGUGUCGGGCAGGCCCGUGCACCACAUCGAGCUAGCGGGCGGCGGCGGCGGCGGCAUCGUCGGUCGCAAUGGUCCCACGGUGCCCAUCACCGUGCAGCCCGACGUCGAGACUUCGGCGGGGCCCGGCCCUGGCGGCGCCAAGAUAUUCGUCGCGCUCUACGACUAUGACGCGCGCACGGACGAAGACCUGAGCUUCAAGAAAGGCGAGCACCUCGAGAUCCUCAACGACACCCAGGGUGACUGGUGGUUCGCCCGCUCCAAGUCUACCAAGCAGGAGGGCUACAUCCCGUCCAACUAUGUGGCCAAACUCAAGUCCAUCGAAGCUGAACCUUGGUACUUUGGCAAAAUCAAGCGUAUCGAGGCCGAGAAGAAGCUCCUGCUGCCGGAGAACGAGCAUGGGGCCUUCCUGGUGCGAGACAGUGAGAGCCGACGGAACGACUUUUCUCUUUCGGUUCGGGACGGGGACACGGUAAAGCACUACCGCAUUCGGCAGUUGGACGAGGGUGGAUUCUUUAUUGCCCGGCGGACUACGUUCCGCACUCUGCUGGAGCUUGUGGACCACUAUGCCAACGAGGCUGACGGUCUCUGCGUCAACCUGCGCAAACCCUGCGUUCAGGUGGAGAAGCCCAUGACCAGUGGCCUGUCGCACUCGACACGCGACCAAUGGGAGAUCGAACGGAGCUCACUUAAGUUUGUACGCAAGCUCGGUCAGGGACAGUUUGGCGAGGUGUGGGAAGGCCUGUGGAACAACACCACGCCUGUUGCCAUCAAGACGCUCAAGCCGGGAACCAUGGACCCGAAGGACUUCCUGGCCGAGGCGCAGAUCAUGAAGAAGCUGCGCCACCAGAAGCUGGUGCAGCUGUAUGCGGUGUGCACCCUCGAGGAGCCCAUCUACAUCAUCACCGAGCUGAUGAAGCACGGCUCGCUCCUCGAGUUCCUGCAGGGCAAGGGCCGCUCGCUCCAGCUGCCCCAGCUCAUCGAUAUGGCCGCCCAGAUCGCGGCCGGCAUGGCCUACCUCGAGGCCCAGAACUACAUCCACCGCGACCUCGCCGCGCGCAACAUCCUCGUCGGCGAUGCCAACGUGGUCAAGAUAGCGGACUUCGGUCUCGCGCGGCUCAUCAAAGGUGGGCAGGACGAGUACGAGGCGCGCGUGGGUGCCCGCUUCCCCAUCAAGUGGACGGCGCCCGAGGCGGCCAACUACUCCAAGUUCUCAAUUAAGUCGGACGUCUGGUCCUUUGGUAUUCUGCUGACCGAGCUGGUCACCUACGGACGCAUUCCUUACCCGGGCAUGACCAAUGCCGAGGUUCUUCACCAGGUUGAGCACGGCUACAGGAUGCCCUGCCCUCCGGGCUGUCCUCCGGCGCUGUACGAGAUCAUGCUCGAGACAUGGCACAAGGACCCGAUGAAGCGGCCCACGUUUGAGACGCUGCAGUGGAAGCUCGAGGACUUCUUCACCAUGGAGGGUUCGGAGUACAAGGAGGCUGCCAUGGCCUACUGACGUUCCGGUGGCGGCCUCUGCUGCCAGCCGCAGGCGGUCACCGCGCCACCCAUCUACUGAGAGACACGCUGGAGAAGAGAGA